AUGCAUGUUCAGUAUUUCUUCCUCCUGAGCCUUGUCCUGGCGUUGUGUUGCGUAGAAGGUUUCGAAGUGACCAACUUCACAGUUACUCUAAGUCGCGGAAGAGAAGUUGCCUACGUGAUGACUGAGGGUAGAUAUGGGGUGUGCUUUUGCGUAAGUCUUCUCAGUGAUAUCAGUUUGUAUUGCGUUCAUAAACGCCAGAAGUGAUCGGAUGUCAAGAAAUCAGUAGGUUUAUAUAUAUCCUGACACCCCAGUGUACGAGGAACGUGUAUUGAGCAAUAAUUGGGUGUGUUUGAAAAAGGAAUCUUUUCUUGCAUUGACUGAUGUUGAUGAAUUGAAGGAGUCCUAUAAUUGCGUGAAUAUGCAAUCCAGAACUUGUACUUGUGCCACUGCAACACAUACCAAUCACACAUGACCUAAGACACACAGAUUUCCACAUCGCCAACAUAUGAUUCGCAUUUCGAAUUCAUCAAUCCCCCUUGCAGUGAUUGAAGGAAAGCCUUCCAUCUACAAACAAUGUCACAUGUAUAAAAUCCACAUGAUCAGUAUCACGUAUUUAUGAG